CGCGAACGACCCACGACUGAGCCAGGAGCCCGCGGGAGCCACAAGGACUCCUCUGGAGCAGCAGAGCCCGGCACAAGGGGGGCCGCGACGGACUGCAUGGACUCGGGACUGAAGGCAAGCCUGCGGCGCUAAUUAGGACAACCUGGUGGAGCAAUUAAGUGUUCGGAGCCGAGGCGCGCGGUCGGGAGCGCACAAGUCUGUUUAGCUCCCCGGUCACCUUGGCACCAUGAGUUGGAGCUUUCUGACUCGUCUGCUGGAUGAGAUCUCCAACCACUCUACCUUUGUGGGGAAGAUCUGGCUGACGGUGCUCAUCAUCUUCCGCAUCGUGCUGACAGCAGUGGGCGGGGAAACUAUCUACUACGACGAGCAGAGCAAGUUUGUCUGCAACACGCAGCAGCCGGGGUGUGAGAAUGUUUGUUACGAUGCCUUUGCGCCGCUCUCACACGUCCGAUUCUGGAUCUUUCAGGUGAUCAUGAUCACUACUCCCACGAUCAUGUACCUGGGCUUCGCCAUGCACAAGAUUGCCCGCAUGGAAGACUCUGACUACCGACCGCUACGUAACCGCAAGAAGAAAAUGCCCAUCAUCAACCGUGGGGCGGUUCGGGACUACGAGGAGGCGGAGGACAAUGGCGAGGAAGACCCCAUGGUCGCAGAAGAGAUCGAAUUGGAGAAGCCAGACAAAGCAGAGAAAACUUCGGGAGAGAAGAAGCACGACGGACGGCGUCGCAUCUUGCGAGACGGCCUCAUGAAAGUCUACAUAUGCCAGCUGGUGUGGCGCUCCAUAUUCGAAGUGAGCUUCCUCUGUGGCCAGUACGUCCUGUACGGCUUCGAGGUGAUCCCCUCGUAUGUGUGCACCCGCUCGCCCUGCCCGCACACCGUGGACUGCUUCGUGUCUCGGCCCACGGAGAAAACCAUCUUCCUGCUGGUCAUGUACGUGGUGUCCUUCCUCUGCCUGGUCCUGACCGUUUUUGAAAUCGUCCACUUGGGCAUCGGCGGCGUCCGCGACAACUUCCGCAGGCGCAGCGCCCUCCGGUCAGUCGCGCUCUCCUCCUCGCAUGCCUUAGCCUCAGCGCCGCCCGGAUAUCACGCCGCCAUGAAAAAGGGAGAAAAAGUCGGGCUGAGGAACUCGCCAGCGGGCGAUUCUGGUAUGGACAGUUUCGGUGACGAGGCCAACUCAUCCCGGGACCUGGAGCGGUUGCGCAGGCACUUGAAGCUGGCACAGCAGCACCUGGACCAGGCCUACCACACGGAGGAGGGAAACCCCUCACGCAGCAGCAGUCCGGAGGUCCACACUGCAGCACAAACGCCGGCUGAGCAGAACCGCCUCAAUUUUGCCCAAGAAAAGCACCAAGAGGCGAGCGAAAAAGAAACACAUACCUGAAGCUGCUUCCUGACCCAAACUUCUGUGCCGCCAUUCCCACUGGCCUUUAUCACACUAGAUUGGGGAACAUCUGGGAAUGCAGUCUGACCACAGAGAGAGAAACAAAGUGCGUGUCUGAGGGGAAAACAAAAAAAAAAAGAGAAAGAAAUGUGCCUUUCAGUAUUGUGAUGUCUGUUGAGAAGAAUAUGGUUCAUCUUGAAAGGUGACUCCAAACUAACUGAGCGCACCCAAGGCAGAACGUGGUCGCGCUCGCCAGUUGUUGUUUAUUUGGCCCACACAUCCCAGUUGAUUCCUCGUGGUGUUGUCUGAGCUGCCACCUCCUCUGAUCACCUUCCUUUUUUUUACCAGACGAGGUUUGUUGAGGCUCAUCAAGCUGUUUCUCUCUUCAUUCCUCCAUGUUUCUCCCAAAAGGCCACAAUGUUUACCUGGGAAAUGCUUGAAUUUUUUACGGUGCAGAAAUUCCCCCCAAUUUUGUUGUUUUCAAUUACAACACUUCUCCUUUUGCUUUAAGUGGGAGCUUUCCCCCCGCCAGAAGGACGCUCCUAUAAAUGAUUCAUCAUCUCCAGUCUGGAAAAGUGGUUUUCUCUAAGCAGCUGCUAAUCCUGCUCAUCUGGGUGACAACUGCAUCCUGCUCUAACACAUUCCUCUUUGAUGACACAUCAUUUUCCAUCACUGGCACGCGUGGUCUGCCUUCAUGCUCCAACACGGACGCUUCGUCUCCCGAGUGACAGAACUGACCGUUUGAUCAGGUGAGCUGACGCUUUAUGCCGCCUUCUCCGUCACUUUAUAGAUGUUUGGACUGGAAGACGGAGCCUGCUACAUUGUUAAUCAUCUCACUUCUCUCUUUUUUUUGGUAUUUCAGUUUUAUAAUACAACUCAGUUUUGGAAAGAAAAAAAAAAUAACAGGCAAUUUUUGUAGUGUUAAAAUGUAGAGAUUAUUUUUUUUCUUGAGAGUUAAUAAAUAUA